GUUCACCUUCAGCUAAGUUCCGGAUUUCUUCUUAUCCAUUACAAGCCAUGAAGUCUUCUUCUAUCUUCUUCCUCUCCUCAUGGCCAUUGUACUUCACUCCCUCUCCCUUCAUCCGCCAUACCCUAAACCCCAAAACCCUAAUAGACCCAGGAUUCUCUCUCGGCUCGAACCUUCUGCCACUCUUAAAAAUCCUACCUUUAGGAGAGAUGUGGUGCUUAGAACAGCAUCUCUCUGCUUCGUCUCCUUCAUCUUUCAAAACCCACUUCCAGAGUCUUUAGCCGAUCCGUCGAACUUACCCAAACGGGGAAGACUCGGCAUUGCCAACACUAAGUCCUGGUUCCAGUUCUUUGGCGAUGGAUUCUCUAUUAGGGUUCCUCCUCAGUUUGAAGACGUCAUGGAGCCUGAGGAUUACUCUGCGGGGUUGUCUCUCUAUGGGGACAAGGCAAAGCCAAAGACUUUCGGCGCCCGUUUCGCAUCUCCUGAUGGAUCAGAAGUCUUGAGCGUAGUCAUUCGCCCUUCAAAUCAACUUAAGAUCACUUUCUUAGAGGCUAAAGAUAUAUCCGAGCUGGGAUCACUGAAGGAAGCUGCAAGAAUCUUUGUUCCAGGUGCAGCAACGAUUUACUCUGCUCGUACAAUCAAGGUAAAAGAAGAAGAAGGUUUCAGGCAAGUCUCAAAUUACUACCUGUACGAGUUUGGGAGAGAUGAAGAACGCAUUGCUCUAGUAGCCGCUGUGAACAGGGGCAGGGUUUUUAUCGCUGGAGCAGCUGCACCGGAGUCCAAAUGGAAAGAAGAUGAAUUGAAGCUUCGUUCUGCUGCGAUUUCUCUGACGGUCCAAUAAUCGAGAAGCAUCCUUCUUCUUCUUCUAACAGAAAAAAAAAAGAACGCUCUUUAGUCCAUCCAGAAAUGCAGAAUCAAGAACAAACUCUGAGACUCUUUUGUCAACCAUUUGCGUUUUCUGUUUUUUUUGGCCUUUGGUGAUGUGAUGUUCGUUAUUGUAUUAUAUAAUGAACAAAAGUAAUCAAAAUUCUUUGAAACGCCGAAACUUCUAGCU